AUGAAACACUUUUUUGCCUCUCUGUGUCUCCUGGGAUCUUUUCUACAUGCCUUGGCUCAAUGCACUGCCCCAGCCUCUGAGUUUCAGCUGGAAGGAGAUUAUUUGAUUGGUGGACUUUUUGACAUUCAUCAUGUCGAUAACCCUGAUUAUCAUGACAGACCAAAAAUGACUGACUGCUCCAGUAAACCCUUCAUUCUGUCAAGUUAUCGAAGGUUUCAGUUGAUGAGAUUCUCUGUAGAGGAAAUCAAUAACUCUUCCUGCCUACUGCCAAAUGUAUCUCUUGGCUACGAAAUAUUUGACCACUGCUCAGAUACACAGAACUUCCCAGGAAUUUUGAAACUCAUCUCAUUCAAUGGCGUGAUCCAACCAAGGGGUGAAUCACACAAGGAUCUGUCUAAAGUAAUGGCAGUGGUCGGCACUUAUACGAGCACUAACACACUGACUGUGGCUCCACUGCUUAUGAUGAAUCUCAUUCCUAUGGUCAGUUAUGGAGCUGCUAGUUCUGUCUUUUCAAUAAAACAGAAUUUCCCCUCUUUCCUGCGAACAGUGCAUCCCAAUAAAGACGUCAUUGAAGUGAUUGUUAGGAUUCUACAGCACUUCAAGUGGCGCUGGGUUGCAUUCCUUAACAUCAAUGAUGAUUAUGGCAAUGACGGACGGGAAUUGUUCAGAAAGAUGAUUAAGGAUACUGAGAUUUGCCUGGCGUACACCAAAGGACUCAAUCAUGAGACAAAUUAUCCACUAAUAUUCAAACAGAUAGAGGCACAGGGGAUACGCAUAAUUAUAGUUUUUGCUGCUGAAUGGACUGCUGAAGCUCUCAUUGAGUCAGCAAUACAACUAAAUAUCACAGACAAGGUGUGGAUAGCCGGAGAUGCAUGGUCCCUAAACAAGAGGCUCCCCAAGACGAAAGGAAUCCAAAAUAUUGGAACUGUACUCGGAGUGUCUCAGCCAGUUGUGAAAAUACCUGGUUUCAAUGAUUUUCUCUAUGCUUCCAAAAGCCAGAAUCGCUGUGAAAAUUCAGAACAACAGAUGUUUUGUAAUCAGGUUUGCAACUGCAGUAACCUGACAGCAAAUGAUGUCAUUGGUGCAGACCCAUCUUUUAAUUUUCCUGUUUAUUCAGCUGUAUAUGCCAUCGCUCAUGCCUUACACAAUGUCUUGCGAUGUGGAUCAGGCAGAUGUGAUGGCAAUAUCACAGUGUUUCCAUACAUGGUUCUAGCCGAGCUGAAAAAGUCAAACUUUACACUUCUAAAUCGGAGUAUUGAGUUUGAUGAAAAUGGUGACCCCAAGCAUGGAUCCUAUUCUAUACUCUUCUGGAACUAUAGUGGUGAUGCAGAGGUGGUCGGUUUUUAUAAAUUUCGCCCAGCGUUACAGUUCUUCAUCAACAACAGCAAAAUUCAGUGGUACACAAAGGACAAAGUGCCUACUUCAGUGUGCUCCCAGGAAUGUCCUAUAGGACAUGCAAAAAAGUAUGAUGGAAUCCAUGAGUGCUGCUUCAAGUGUGAAAUCUGUCCAAAUGGAACUUAUGUCAACAGCUCAGAGGAUCCCUACAAAUGCUUCAAAUGUAAGGAGACAGAGUGGUCUGCAGAAGGAAGCACAUCAUGCAGUCUGCGGGUGGUGGAGUACAUCCCAUUCACAGACAGUGGAGCUAUAGUGAUCAUGGUGUUGGCCUGGGUCUUGGUGGGUCUCACAGCAGCCAUGUCUGUUCUCUUUGCCAUCAACUACAACACACCUAUUGUCAGAUCUGCUGGGGGACCAAUGUGCUUCUUAAUUUUAGGCUGCCUCAGUCUGUGUAGUAUCAGUGUCUUCUUUUACUUUGAUAAGCCAACAGCUUCCUUUUGUGUCUUAAGGUUCUUGCCAUUUCUUUUGUUCUACACUGUUUGUCUGGCAUGUUUUGUUGUGCGUUCUUUUCAAAUUGUUUGCAUUUUCAAAAUAGCUGCCAAGUUCCCCAAGCUCCACAUUUGGUGGAGGAAAUAUCAUGGACAGUGGCUGGUCAUCACUGUGGCAUUUGGCACUCAGGCGCUCUUGCUUCUUAUCGGCUAUUCUUGUGCCCCACCCAAGCCCUACAAUGAAACUGUUUGGUACCCAGACAAAAUAAUACUUAGUUGUGACAUUACUCUCAAAGCCACCUCUAGUCCUGUGGUUUUACUUUUGUCCUUGUGCUGCUUUUGCUUCAUUUUCUCCUACAUGGGAAAAGAUCUCCCAAAAAAUUAUAAUGAGGCCAAAGCAAUAACCUUCUGCCUGCUCCUGCUGAUCCUCACCUGGAUCAUCUUUGCCACUGUACAUGUACUUUACCGUGGAAAGUACAUUGAAACUUUUAACGCUUUGGCAGUACUCUCCAGUCUCUACUCCUUUCUGUUGUGGUAUUUCUUCCCAAAAUGUUACAUCAUCAUUUUUCAAUCAUACAAAAACACCCAGCAGUACUUCCAAGGUAUCAUUCAGGAUUAUACCAAAACAAUUAGCCAGUAG